AUGAGUAAAUUUAAUGGUAAAGUUGCCAUUGUCACGGGUUCAACAUCUGGUAUUGGUUUAGAAAUAGCUAGACAACUAGCCGGUAAUGGUUGUUCUGUAAUAUUGACUGGUUUAGGUGAUCAGACGCUCAUUGAUUCCUUACUUCAAGAAUUUCAAAGUAAAUACUCAAGCAAGACAAGUUAUGUAUCUGCUGAUUUAACAGAUGUAACAGCCAUCAAGAAUUUCUGUGAAAAAGUAAAAGAAGAAUAUCCACAGGGAAUAGAUAUCUUAGUUAAUAAUGCAGGAAUACAGUUCAUGGCACCAAUAGAUGAUUAUCCUGAUACAAUCUGGAAUGACACACUGGCAAUAACUCUUACAGCCUCUUUCCAUCUUAUCAAAUCAUUUUUACCAUUAAUGAGGGACAAGAAGUGGGGUAGAAUAAUCAACAUGUCAUCUCAACAAGGGUUGAUUAGUGCUCCCGGUAAAUGUGCUUAUUCAACAGCCAAACAUGGUCUGAUUGGUUUAACGAAGUGUGUUGCCUUGGAAGGAGCACCCCAUGGAAUAACAUGUAAUGCUAUCUGUCCUGGUUACGUUGAUGCACCAAUGGCCUAUGUAUCGAUCAAACGAUUGGCAGAAGUCAAUGGAACAACUUAUGAUGAGGAACAGGCCAAAUUUAUUAGUAAUUCUCCAACCAAUAAAGUUAUAACAGUACAAGAAGUGGCAGAAUUAACAUUAUUUCUAUGUUCUCAUUUGGCUGGUAAUAUCAAUGGUGCUUCAAUACCAAUAGAAGGGGGCAACACAAUCAGAUAA